AUGGGAAUUUUUUUAGGCAUAAUUGAAAUGUUUGCUGAAUUUGACCCUAUUGUCCAAGAACAUGUUAGACUUAUUACGGAUGAUAAUAUUCAUGUUCACUUUCUUGGACAUAAAAUUCAAAACGAGUUAAUAAUUUUGCUUUCUUCUGCAAUUAAAAAUGAAAUCAUUAGAAAAAUCAAACAAGCAAAGUAUUUCUCAGUGAUACUUGAUUGUACUCCUGAUGUUAGUCACCAAGAGCACAUGUCUUUGAUAAUACGAUAUGUGGAUGUUUCUUUAAAUACUGUUAGUGUUGAAGAAUAUUUUUUAGGAUUUUUGAAUGUGAAUGAUACUACCGGUCAAGGGCUUUUUGAUGUUUUACAAGAUGAAUUGAAAAAUCUUGAUAGUAACAUAUUUGAUGUGCGGGGACAAGGUUAUGAUAAUGGGUCAAAUAUGAAAGGAAAACAUCAAGGUGAACAAAAGAAAUUUUUAGACUUAAAUCCAAGAGCCUUUUAUACUCCUUGUGUUUGUCAUAGUCUUAAUUUGACAUUGUGUGAUAUGGCUAACUCUUGUGGUAAAGCUAAAUAUUUUUUUGGAGUUGUUCAACGCAUUUAUACUAUUUUUGCUAAUUCUACUAAGAGAUGGAAAAUUUUGAAAGAUAAUGUAAAAUGGUUAACGCCAAAAUCAUUGUCAUCCACUCGUUGGGAGAGUCAUGUAGAUAGUGUCAAAGCUAUUAAAACUCAAAUGUCGGAUUUUAGAGAAGCUUUACUUGAAGUGUCAGAAAAGGAUCUUGAUUCUAAAAUAAGAAGUGAAGCUAAAUCCUUAGCAACAAAUGAGCUUGGUGAUUUUGAAUUUUUAAUGGCGAUAAUUAUUUGGUUUGAAAUAUUAUCUACAAUUAAUGUGGUUAGCAAGCUCUUACAAUCAAGGGAUAUGGUUAUUGAUGUUGCUAUGAAAAAAAUAACGGGAUUGAUUUCAUUUUUUAAGGAAUAUAGAGAAAUUGGUUUUAAAAAUGCCUUGAAUUAUGCUACGAAAAUUGCCUUUGAAUUGAAUAUUGAUCUAGUAUUUCCUCAAAGGCGUGUAAUUCGAAGAAAAAGACAAUUUGAUGAGAAUUUGAAUGCCCUACCAAUUGAGCUAUCUGAAGAGGAAUCUUUUAGAGUUAAUUAUUUUCUUUACCUUGUUGAUCAAGCUGUUGUAUCUCUUAAUAAGAGAUUUGAGUAA